AUCAAUAUCUAUACUUACCUGCAUCAACUUUUUGCAUUUUCCCCGAGCUGCCUACGAUCAUGCCUGAACUUUUGAGACCACCCCUGUGGUAUCAUCUAGUGUUUACCCAUAAUGCACAAGCAUACUUCCGUUUCAGUUUUGUUCGGGCAUUCGAGAAGAAAAGCCGCGUGUUUUUCUUCGAUUAAAAUUUCUUAAGCCUGCGGUCUUAAAAUGUCUGAUUCAUUUAAAAUUUGCGUAAAAUGUAAUAGAGAAAUGACCGUUUUGGAUGACCACGCAGAGUGCUAUAGACACAGAGUUUGCAACGAAGCAUUUCCAUGCGAAGUUUGCAGUAAGUGGUCAGAGGAAAAACGGACGUUGAUCAGAAAGAUGAUCGAGCGAAAGAAAUCUGAAGCGGGGAGAAAGUCAGCUACAUUGCCAAAUCCAGAAGUUCCCUCUGUGGGGAAUAGUGGCAAUCGUUCUGAUAGUCAAGUUUCCUCUGCGGGAAACGUAGCUGCAUCAGAAAUUCUUUCUCCGACAGAAAUGAGUCAAAAUGGCGGCGACUUGACGCAGGGUUCAGUCCCACCUCAAGUAGGUAAUUUUCCGCCUUUCGUGUUGGGGAAUUUCGAAGCCCAAUGGCAGCAAUAUCAAGAGAAUUGCAUGAAAAGGUUGAUUGACGCUAGAAUUAAAGAGUUGGUCCAGGAUUCAAAUAAACAACCGACUAUUGCUAUUACGUCUGAUGUUCGUUCAGACAGGGCGUGUAACAGGUUCGAUAGAUUUCGACCGUCAGAUGAUCAACGCUCCAGAGAAUCGGAUGACGAUGAUCUGGUAAGCCACAGAGGUGAAACUGAUCAAGUCAUAAGCAAUUCACUUGAUGAUGUUAUAGAUGUUCACGAGGAUAAUCGUUCAGAGUUUGAUAACUCUGUCUUGGGUUCAGUACAUACGCAUGACACAGACUCUAAUGGUUCAUGCAUGGUAGACUGGAAAAAUUUUGUUAAAAAAGUGUCUACAGAACUGAACAUCAACUCAGUUGAUGCCUCUGAAACUCAGAGCCGAGACUUCAAAUCAUACAUGUCAAAUCGUUUGAUUGGGACAAAAUCAUCUACCCCACAACAGUCUUUGCCUAUGGAUGGGUACAUUUUAAACACAUUAACAGAUGUUGAUGAAGAAUUCCAGCGAAAAGGUGCGAUUCGGACUUAUAAAGCAUCAGAUGAUGAAAAAUACCGAGUCGCUUCUUCCGACUUUGACAAGUACUGCACAACGCCGCGCCUUGAUGACAACAUUGAGGACAACAGUUUUACAACAGGGAGAAAAGGAAACAAAAAUUCUUACCGUUUCUGCAACCCUAUGUUGCAUUCACGCAACAACGAGUUAUGGAAGAUAGAUCAAGGAUCUCGACUUCUUCUAAGAGAGUUGACAUAUGCCUCUCUAAUUACGUCCUACGUUGAUAACGUUGUAUCUGAUGAGGACAAGACAGAGGCCCUACAAGCACUCAUGCAGGUGUUCAAGUCAAUGGCUGAUGUUACUUCCCGCAUGUUAGUGGGUGCAGUUGCAGCCCGCAGAGCCAUUCACAUUGAGGAUUUGGCUUUUAAAAACAAAGCAACUGAAAACAAACUCCUUGUACAGACAACUCUGAAUCCUAAGCUCUUUUGUGGGAAGUAUUUUGAUAUUCUUCACGCAAGUGCAGAAAGUAUGCGCGAUGCUAAAGAAACACAGCACCUGAGGGGUUCAAAGCAGAGAGAUGGUUCAGCCCUCAGUUCUGCAAGGAAAAGAAAGAGAGAUGAUUCAGUGGGCACCUCGGAACCGAAAGAACAGCAGUCAUCCUUUGCAAAGAAGGGAAAGUUUGCUGCAGAAAAGAAUCAAAAGACUACUAUAGGAAGAGGACGAAAUUUCAAUUCAAGAGGUUCCUUCAGAGGUCAAACUCGUGGCUCUGCACAAGAUCGUUUGGGGUUUCGUCCCCCAAAGUAAUUUUGACGGAUCAAUUAGAGACUCGACUCAAGUUGCAGAAAUCAGCCAAAGUAGGCUGUCGGAUCAUUUCGUACCACAGGGAGUGGAUGAAAAUUACAUCCGACGAUUGGAUUUUAAAAAUAGUCCAGGAAGGACUCAAACUUGUGUUCAUAAAACACCCUCCAAAUACAGGAGUAAGAAUAACAAAUGUACAAGAUGUCGUCCAAAGACAAUGUAUUUUAGAAGAAAUAGAAAGUUUAUUAGAAAAGCAUGCCAUAGAGAUUGUUCCCAAGGCCCAGGAAGGUCAGGGGUUUUACAGCACCUUUUUUGUUGUUCCAAAACGAGACGGAGGUUACCGUCCGAUUCUCAAUUUGAAACCGUUAAAUAUAUUUCUCCAAAAUCAACAUUUCAAGAUGGAGUCUCUAAGGUCAGUAAUACAGGCUCUGAAUGUAGGAGACUGGGUGGCAUCAAUAGAUCUAAAGGAUGCAUAUCUACAUGUUCCAAUUUAUCCAGAAGACAGGAAAUACCUCAGGUUUUGCAUAGACAAUAUCCAUUAUCAAUUCAGGUCAAUGCCCUUCGGUCUAGCAACAGCCCCAAGAGUGUUUACGAAAUUAAUGGGGGCAAUAGGUGCACAUCUAAGAAGUCAACAGAUUUCCAUUUAUAUG